AUGUCUACGAAUACAGGUCAAAAUAAUGAAGAACAACCACAAAUAAAUUCGAGUCGUUCUUCUUCUUACGCUCAUUUACUUGCUGGAGGUAUUGCUGGUACAUUUGGUGCAGUAUUAACAUGUCCAUUAGAAGUAAUCAAAACUCGAUAUCAAUCAUCGAAGAAUGCAUUUGCUCAAGGACGAGAUCAUUUAAAUUUAAAGUCAUCAAUGAGUAAUACGAUGGCUUUUUAUAAAUUCUCAGGAGCUCGAAGUCCAAGUAUUAUGGAUUCACUUAGACAUAUAAUUAAGCAUGAAGGCAUUCCGGGACUUUUUAAAGGUCUUAUACCAAAUUUGAUUGGUGUUGCACCAGCACGAGCAAUUUAUUUUUUUGCUUAUGGAAAUACAAAAUCAUUUUUAGUUAAAAAACUCGAACGAGAAACACCUCUAGUACAUGUAACUUCAGCAGCAGCUGCAGGUAUUGCUAUGUCUACAUGUACUAAUCCAUUAUGGUUUAUUAAAACUCGACUUCAAAUUGAUCAAGGAGAUCUUCGUGCAAUUGAUCUGAUUCGAAAUGUUUAUCGUGAAAAUGGUAUUUGGGGUUUUUAUAGAGGCAUUUCAGCAUCUUAUGUUGGUGUAUCUGAAACUAUAGUUCAUUUUGUAAUUUAUGAACAAGUUAAAGCACAAUUACAAUUAAUGCAUACACAGGAAAAUCGUUCAUUAGAUGAUCCAAGUUUAUAUAAUCUUGGUUCUUAUAUAAUAUCUGCAGCAUGUUCAAAAACAUUUGCAACAACAUUAUGUUAUCCUCAUGAAGUUGUUCGAACACGUUUAAGAGAAGAAGGUACAAAAUAUCGAACAUUUAUGCAAACAUUAAAAACAGUUUAUUAUGAAGAAAAUCUCGCUGGAUUGUAUCGUGGUUUAUUAACACAUCUUAUUCGACAAAUUCCAAAUACGGCUAUUAUGAUGAGUACAUAUGAACUUGUUAUUGCAUUUCUUUUAUCGGCUUCAAUGAUACCAACAUCAUCAGUUGAAAUAACAACUAUCCAACCAAAAACAGUUCACUUAAGUCAAUCUGAUCUCGAAGUUAAUGUAUUUUUUAUUAAAAGUUUCUUUAUUACAUGUUUGGCAUGGCAUAAUAUGGAUAAUAGUCGAUUUCAUUGUUGGCCAUCUAAUGCAUCAUCAAUAUUAACAGAAACACUUGCACAAUAUGGUCAUAAUUGUAAAGGUGUUAAUAUAAAUUGGAUUCAAUCUCCACCAAAACAAGUUACUCAAGAUGUUCCAUUUAAUGUAUCAUAUUCAGUUGAUUUAUCACUUGAAUUUUUUGAUUGGGCAAUUUAUCAAUUACCUAAACCAUUAUAUACAUUAUCAAAUCGAACGAUGAAUAAUAGUCAAGCAUGGUAUCAUUGGUGUAAAACACAUGAACCAACUGUUGAUCCAACUGAUCCAAGAAUUGAAUCUGAUGCUUGUUUAUGGCAUAUUAAUAUACAUGCAUGUGCACUUGGACGUACUGUUACAUAUUGUGGACCUUGGAUUCCACCGAGUGGUGAAAUAUAUCAUAGUUUAGUUUUGGCAGGAUCUUCAACUCGUAUUUAUGAAAGUACUGUGAUUAUACCUGUAUUUGGAAUAGUAGAAAUUAUUGCACAUUUUAAAAUUGGUAUAAAAGAUUGGAUUCAUAUUGCUUUAGUUAGUACAAAUAUACAAGUUAGUCGUAAAGCAAUUUGUGGAGAUGAAUAUUGUGAUUUAAAUUAUGAAAAUUGUUCUAAUUGUCCAAUUGAUUGUGGUAAAUGUCCUUUGAAACCUAUUCAUAUUGGUUUAAUUACAACGAGUUGUGCACUUUUAAUUUCUUCAUUUAUUGGAUUUUUUCUAUAUUUUAAAAUUCAAGAACAACGUCUUUUAUGGGAUCCAAGUUGGAUUAUUGAUAUAAAAGAAGUUCAACCACUUCGUUCACAACAUUCAAUUAGUUUAACAUCAUUAAAUGAUCCAAAAAAGACAAUAAGUGAAACUAAUUUAAGUAUUACUACAAAUUUUUCAAAUAUUAGUUGUACACAACAAAUUUUUUGUUCUGCUGGUUAUUUACGACAUACUUGUGUAGCUAUUCGUAAAUAUAAACAUAAACAUUUUCAAUUAACACGUCAUAUACGUGAACAAGUUCGUCUUGUACGAACAUUUAAUCAUAAUAAUAUUUGUAAAUUUAUGGGUGCUUCAUUAUUUCCUAAUGAAAUUAUUAUUUAUAUGGAAUAUAUGCCAAAAGGUUCAUUACGUGAUGUUUUACAAAAUGAUAAAAUACCAAUAACAUGGGCAUUUCGAUUUUCAUUUGCAAUAGAUAUUCUUAAUGGUUUAUCAUAUAUACAUAGUCGACAUCUUAUUCAUGGACGAUUAAAUUCAUCAAAUUGUGUUGUUGAUCAAAGAUUAACAAUAAAAAUUACAGAUUAUGGUCUUGAUGAUCUUCGUUUUAAUAAUAUAAGUAUUAAUUCUUAUGUUCAAUCAGUUGAAGCAUAUAAAAGAGUUUAUUAUGCACCAGAAUUAUUAUCAAUUAAUGAAUUAAAAUUAACAUCUCCAAUAGAUAUUUAUUCAUUUGGAAUUAUUUUAAAUGAAAUAGCUACACGAUUAGAACCAUUUGGGGACGAUGAUAUUGAAUCAAUUAUGAAAAUAGGUUAUCGUCCAAAAAUUGCUCAAAUGACUUAUGAUAUUAAUAAUGAUAAUGAAGAAGAUUUUUGUCCAUUACCAUCAUCAUAUAUUCGACUUAUUAAACGAUGUAUUAUGGAAAAUCCAUAUGAUCGUCCAAUAUGUAAAGAUAUUGAAAAAUAUUUAAAAAAAAUGUGUCCAUUACAAAUAAGUCCAAUUGAUUUAAUAUUUAAAAAAAUGUCUUUAUAUCAAACAAGUCUUGAACAGGCUGUACAAUUACGAACAUAUGAACUUGAACAAGAGAAACAUAAAUCUGAAAAUCUUUUAUAUAGUAUGUUACCAAAAAUUGUUGCUGAACAAUUACGAAUUGGUCAAAUUGUUACUGCAGAAUAUUAUGAAAAUUGUACAAUAUAUUUUAGUGAUAUUGUUGGUUUUACAACUAUUGCAAGUCGAUGUAAACCUAUUGAUAUUGUUGAAUUUCUUAAUCGAGUUUAUACAACAUUUGAUACAAUUAUUGAUCGAUAUGAUGUUUAUAAAGUUGAAACAAUUGGAGAUGCAUAUAUGGUUGUUUCUGGUGUACCAAAAAAGAAUGAUAAUGAACAUGCAUAUCAAAUAGCAACAAUGGCACUUGAACUUAUUCAUCAAUCAACAAAAAAUUGUAUUAUACCAUAUUCAAAUAAUGAAAAACUUCGAAUUCGAGUUGGUUUACAUUCUGGACCUGUAUGUGCUGGUGUUGUUGGUUCAAAAAUGCCUCGAUAUUGUCUUUUUGGUGAUACUGUAAAUACUGCAUCAAGAAUGGAAUCUAAUGGUGAAGCAAAUAAAAUUCAUAUGACAAAUGAUACAAAAGAAUUACUUGAUAAAACUGGUCGUUUUCUUAUUGAAAAACGUGGAACAAUACAUAUUAAAGGCAAAGGUGAUAUGACUACUUAUUGGUUACUUGAAGAAUUAGAAUCAAAAAAUGAUUGCAUUGAAAAAAAUUUCUUAUAUGUACAACCAAUACGACUUCCACCAAUAUAUAAAAAAGAUGUAAUAUCAUCAUUUCUUAAUCCAAAUUCAACUUCUAUUUUAAUACCUAGUCGUUCACCAUCACCACGAAAAACAACAAAAUUCAAUUUAAUUUCUUUAGAAUAA